CCCUGACAUUCCUGUUGAUGUUUGUGAAUUGGAGGAUGGCUUCUCUGACGAGGACGUCUCUAUGGAGAUAGAGGUUGAUUCUGAUGGCAGUAGCUGGGACAGUGGAGACGUAGGUGCAGCAUGUACUUGAUUGUUGUGUUUGAGGACGACAACCAAACCGGCCCGAUGGCCAAGGAAUGGUUUUCCGGUGGCCUGGCAUGGUGGCCGCCAUAUAAGGACCAAUUUCAGAUCCUAAGAGCAGUUCAGAAGAGGGUCAUGCCAGACCCAGCAAAAGGGUGGAGGCAGUUCCGCACUCGUGUACUGGAUGAAUCAGACUCCAUUCAAACUAUCCAGUCCAAGUGGGACAAAGCAUGCAUCACGUCAGACUUAAAUACAGAUGUUGAAAUGCAGGAGAAUCCAGUUAGAGAACGUAAAAGACCAAGACAGCUCAGAGAGUCAUCAUCAUCACUAUCUGAGGAGGAGGAUGAUCCUGAACACCUAAGAAGACCUCCCCCUUUACCUUUGCAGGGUUCCUACGCAGUAUGGAAAAAGCCACAGCUACAUCCUGUAGCUCAAUGAGGACCUUUGCGAUUGGAUGUGAGGUUCUGUCUGCAGAAGUGUUGUGGGUACUUGAUGUUAUGGAGAAGCACAGCUCCUUCAACAGCUGCUCGGGGAAGAGUGACCUUUUUCGUCUUAUGUUUCCAGACAGCAACAUUGCCUCAAAAUUCAGCUGUGGAGAUGACAAAGCAGCUUACUUGACAACCUUUGGUAUUGCACCACAUUUCUCAUCUUUACUUUUGUCCAAAGUUAAAUCUGCUACUGACUAUGUUUUACUUUUUGAUGAGAGUUUGAACCGUCCACUCCGAGCGAAACAGCUUGAUGUGCAUGUAAGGUUUUGGGAUGGAGACUUUGUCAGGUCAAGAUACUUGGACUCUCAUUUUCUUGGGCAUGCAUAUGCUGCAGACCUCCACUCACAACUAAGGGCCAGCUGCAACAGUGUUGGAAUACACAGUCUUUUACAGAUAUCAAUGGAUGGUCCAAAUGGGAAAUUGUUUGACACGCUGUCUAAGGACUUUGAAGAGGAGACUGGGUCCAAGCUCCUCAACAUAGGGAGUUGUAUGCAACAACUUGGGACAUUGAACACACUCUUACCAGUCUUAAUUGGCUUUUUAAGGACUCCCCAGCCAGACGUGAGGAUUACACCUCAGUAACAGGUUCAGCUGUCUUCCCCCUGAAAUACUGUAAACAUAGAUGGCUAGAAAAUGUUCCAGUCCUUGAAAGAGCCAUUAUGAUAUGGCCACAAAUUCAGGCGUAUGUAGCUGCGGUGAAUGCUUCAAAAGUGUCACACCCAAAGAACAAGUCCUUUGAGUCUGUGAUGAAGGCUUGCACCGACCCUUUGUUUCUAGUCAGAGCCAAUAUCUUUCUUUCAAUUGCGCAAGAGUGUCAUCCUUUCCUUUUAAAAUAUCAAGCCGAUAAGCCUGUGCUGCCUUUCCUGGCUGACGAUCUUUUCACCACAGUGAAGCAUCUUCUCCAGAGGUUUGUCACAGACGACACUCUUGAGAGUGUGAACAGCCCCAUGAAGCUCGUCUCUGAGGACGUUAAAGAUGUAGCAAAUCACAAGGACACCUCGCGGAUCAACAGAGGAUUUGUUGCAGACAAACAACUGAAAGACAUGAAGAUUAGAAAAAAAGUUUCUGAGCGAGAUGUCUUUUUGGUCAGAAAAGAAACUAAAGACUUCCUCGUCACAGCAAUGACGAAGCUACUGGAGAAGUGCCCUCUAAGGUACACACUGGAAAGAAACCUUGCAUGGCUAGAUCCACAGAAGAUAAGAGAAAAGCCUGAUAUUUGUGAAAAGCAACUGAGGCAGUGCCUACAUGUAAUCUCCAGUGCUGGACACGUCCGAGAGAACCAGUGUGACCAGAUCCUUCAUCAGUUCAAGGAUUUUGUGGUUGUCUGCAAAACGAAUGAUGAUGCCAUACAGUGGCCCACUGGUGCCUACUCCAGAUUGGACACGUUUUUUCAUGCACUGCUCUCCAAGGAGCCGGGAAUGAAAGAUCUGUGGACUCUUGUUCAGAAAGUUCUCCUCCUCUCCCACGGUCAGGCCUCAGUAGAAAGAGGAUUUUCCAUAAAUAAGAACAUUGUUGUCACAAAUAUGAGGGAAAGAACAGUGGUGGCUCAGAGGGUCAUAGUAGACCACCUCCAUUAUGUGGGUGGGGUAGGUAAUCUGACUAUGACAAAGGAACUUCUACAUUCUGCAUCAUGUGCAAGGCAACGCUACCAUGCAUUCCUUAAUGAUGAAAAGAAGAAGGAGGAGCAUGGACAACAAGCACUGAAAAGAAAGGCAGCGCAGGAUGAACUGGACCAAUUGAAGAGAAAAAGAAAGAAGAUUCAGACGAACAUAAAAGCACUUCUCACAUCUGCAGAUGAGUUGGCAGUGGAAGCAGAAGCCACUGAGGACAUGUCCACCCUGAGCAAAUCUAAUGCCUUCAGACAAGCAGCGAGAGAAAAAGAGAAGGAAUUAGAGAAAUGUGACAAAGAAAUUGAAAAGAAAACCAAUGUAAUAAAGAGCUGAGUAUUUAGUGUGUGAUUUAAGUAUAUUUGUGAGUGCAUGUGUGAAUGUCUGUUAGCAUGUUUUCUUAUGAAAGACUAUUGUGAGGAUUCUGCUCCAUCUCCAGUUCCAUCACUCAGUUUUCACUGCAACAGAGAUUCAUUGUGGGUGACAAAUCUGUGAGUGCAUUUGUGAAUGCAUGUGUUACCAUGCUUCCUUAUGAAAGAUUAUUGUGAGGAUUCUGCUCCAUCUCUAGUUCCUUCACUCAGUUUUCACUGCAACGGAGAUUAUUUUCCAUUGUAAGUGACAGAAUUUUGACUUUUAUGCAAGAAAAUUGUGCUCAUGAUCAGAGGUUGAAAAAUAAAUGUCAACAAAGUUCCUUUAUGUGAUCGU